UGUUUUACGCUUUGUUUUAUUAGUUUUGAAGCUGUGGUUUAAAAGUUAUAAGGAAGAAACUAUAAUGAUUGAAGAGAAUGUUGUGUGAUUGAAUGAUUCAUUGAUUCUUUUGAUUCGCAAUUUGAAUGAAUUAGAAACGUUAAUUGUUGCCGGCAGCGGCUGGGAAUCAAUAAAGUAAUCUGUGAGCGUGGCUAAAAAAAGCAGCAAGAUGCGGGCGCAGACGGGCGUGCUCUCAUUGCGCGUAAUUGACGUUAAUUGAAGACGUCUUCCGAACGAGCAACGUCAUUCGGUCGCACGCCAGUUAACUCACGAACAAAUCGAGAAAUAACGGACACAUGAAUGUCAAACCUGCAAAGUAUUGUUUAUUAACAUUCUGACAUAUAAAUUUAGUGAAAUAUUAGUUGUAAAUGCGGAAAAUUUGAUAGUUUUAGAUGAAAAUUGAAUGAUUUUCAAUAAUAUUGACGGUUUAUUUUGUUUGUGUACUGCGCAAGCGUUUGGUGCGAUGUCACACGAACAUUCACGAAAGUAGAACGUAAGCGCGUUGGCGUACAUCUUGAUUUUGCGCUAAACAAACACGAAUUGCACAAGAUUAACAAUUAUCCAAUCAAGGACUUGUUCAUUUCCGUGUUGUACAUUAAUAAUAGCGAUAGUGACUUGUGUGUUUAGGUUCGCAAGUGGUUGUGAUGCCCAAAACAGGCGAGAUGACCGACGAACGCCUGCAUAUCGACUGGGGUAAUGAUAAAUUACAUCGGACACAGCGCCAAGUGGAGAAGAACGCGUACGAUCUGGAAUCAUGGAGUAUUUUGCUGAGAGAAGCCCAAACUAAGCAUAUUUCUGAAGUUCGAGAUCUGUAUGAACAUCUUGUUGAUGUAUUUCCAAGUGCUUCACGCUAUUGGAAAAUAUAUAUCGAACAUGAGAUGAAGUCAAGAAACUACGAGAAAGUGGAAAAGCUAUUUCAACGCUGUCUCAUGAAGAUUCUCAAUAUCGAGCUGUGGAAGCUGUAUUUGUUGUAUGUCAAAGAGACCAAGGCCACAUUACCCACCUACAAGGAGAAGAUGGCGCAGGCGUAUGACUUCGCCCUGGACAAAAUCGGCAUGGAUAUUCACUCCUAUGUGAUCUGGAAUGAUUACGUCAACUUCCUCAAAGCUGUUGAUGCGGUUGGAUCCUACGCUGAGAAUCAAAAAAUCUCUGCGGUGAGGAAAGUAUAUCAACGGGGCGUUAUCAAUCCAAUGGUUGGAAUGGAGACGUUCUGGAAGGAUUACAUCGCGUUUGAACAAGCGAUUAAUCCGAUCAUAGCCGAGAAGAUGUCGAUUGAGCGGAGUAGGGAUUAUAUGAAUGCAAGGCGGGUUGCGAAGGAGCUGGAGGUGCAGAUACGCGGGAUUAAUAGGAAUGCGCCGAGUGUGCCACCUACAGGGACUAAUGAUGAGUUAAAACAAGUGGAAUUAUGGCAGAGAUACAUUGCCUGGGAGAGAAGUAAUCCGCUGCGCACGGAAGACACGGCUUUAUUGACGCGUCGCGUUGUUUUCGCGCUUGAACAAUGUUUGUUAUGUUUAGGCCACCAUGCAGAUGUUUGGUAUCAAGCUGCGCAGUUUCUAGAGUACAGUUGUAAGGUUCUACAAGAGAAAGGGGACGUGAAUGCUUCCAAAUUAUUCAGUGAGGAAGCCGCCAACAUGUUUGAACGCGCCACGAGCACACUACUAAACAAAAACUGCCUUCUAUACUUUGCCUACGCUGACUACGAAGAAGGCCGGCUGAAAUACGAGAAAGUACACCAGAUCUACUCGAAAUACUUGGACAUUGCCGACAUAGACCCAUCCCUAGCGUACGUACAAUACAUGAAGUUUGCACGCCGUGCGGAAGGCAUCAAAUCAGCGCGCAAUGUCUUCAAAAGAGCGAGAGAAGACUCACGCUCGCAAUAUCACAUUUUUGUCAGCGCUGCGUUAAUGGAGUAUUACUGCAGCAAAGAUAAAAACAUCGCGUUUCGGAUAUUCGAGCUCGGAUUGAAGAAAUUCGCAGAUAAUCCCGAGUAUAUCGCGUGUUACAUUGAUUAUCUGAGUCAUCUCAACGAAGAUAACAAUACACGCGUUUUAUUUGAACGUGUAUUGAGUUCGGGAAGUUUAGAACCGGAAAAAUCAGUUGAUAUUUGGAAUAAAUUCUUGGAGUUUGAGAGCAACAUUGGUGAUUUACAGUCGAUUGUAAAGGUGGAAAAGCGUCGCUCUGAAGUCCUGUCGAAAAUCAAAGAGUUUGAAGGUAAAGAAACCGCGCAGUUGGUGGAUCGAUAUAAAUUUCUCGAUUUAUAUCCGUGUACACCGCAAGAAUUGCGCAGCAUUGGUUAUACUGAUGUGAUUAACAUCAGUGGCUGUCAGAGUAAGAAUAAUUUACUGUGUGGAAUCAUCAAACCGGUUGAGGAUGAGUCGGUUUUGCCGCGGCCGGACGUUUCACAGAUGAUUCCGUAUAAACCAAAGUUUAAUCCGCAACCAGGCGAACAUCCUGUGCCAGGUGGUGUAUUUCCCCAACCGCCGGCUGUAGCGCAAUUAUGCACGAUAUUACCGCCGCCAUCUUGUUUCCGUGGCCCGUUUGUAGUCGUGGAUCAAAUGAUGGACAUAUUCAACCGUAUUCAACUCCCUGAUGCAGGUUGUUUCACAGCGCCACCACCAUCCGAAAAUGGCGGCGGUGACGUGCGUCUCUUUGACCUUGCCAAGUCCGUGCAUUGGAUCAUUGACGAAGCCACCGCGCCGGGCGGUAAUAAACGCCGCAAACGUUUAGGUCUCGCUAUGGAAGGCAGCGAUGAUGAAGACACUCCACUCCCGCCGACGAACGACAUCUACCGGCUACGCCAACAGAAAAGGGUUAAGUAGACUAUCCCAACAUUCACAUAAGACUGUAUUUUUAAGGAUUACCGACACCGGACGGGAUGAUUGAUUUUUGUUUCAUUUUUUAAAGCAAAAAUAUUUUAUGUACAAUACAAAAAAAAAGUUCAUUCGAUUAA